AGCCUUCAGAGGCGGCUGUGGGUUCGAGUGUGGCCCAUGUUAUCAAGGCGCUUCUGGGGAAACCAGGGGCAGAAGUGGGUGACAAAGACCGUGGCUGGCGGAAAUCUCAGAUCCGCACCAGUUCCCCUCGCAGGAUCCUUUGGAGGCAAGAAAUGGGUUGGGAACCCUCUGCGUAGCUUUGCGUCCCUGGAGAAAAGGUUCAUCAAUAGUUUACUUAUUUAUUUAAAAUAUUUUUUAACCCACCUUAAAAAAAGGACCCAUAAGCAUGCUGGACAAGACACCUGGGAUCCCCGGGCGGUGUGGAUGAAUUAGCCAGAUGAGCCCAUAAAGGCACGAAGGUCAAGGACGAGUGAUGGGUUUUGUUGUGGCCGGUUCACUUGCUCACCCAUGGUAGUCUGAUAACCAGCCACAAACCACAGUGUGAAAAAAAAAGCACCUGGAGCCUUUUGCAAAAGGCAGCUUGUCUUGCCUCCCACCCUGAAACGAGAGCCAAGCUGAACCCACAUGUCACAGGGCCAGGACGCGCCGAUGGAGUAGCGUUCCUUUCAUCCCACAAGACUUUUCCAAAACGUCUGUCUUCUUACCCUGCCCUCCCCAGCUCCCGGAGGCACCAUGAAAUCUCCGGGACAUUGGCGAGACUUUGGGAAGUAUCUGGCCUGCCUUUUCUUCCUGACCACCAUGAGCCCAUUGCUCCUCUUUCUCGACGGCUACCACCGUGUCUCCAGGCUGACCCCGGCCAGCUCCGUCUCCUUCCCAGAUAUGUUGCCCCAACCGCCGCCCCGGCUCGCUUGGUCCAUGCCGGUCCCGCCCAAAGGGUCCCAGAUCUGCCAGGACCACGAGCCCCUCCUUAUCCUACUCUGGGGGUGGCCCUUUCUCUCCGCUGAGGAAUGCUCCCCGGGGCUCGGCCGGCCGGACCAAUGCCGUCUCACCACCAACCGCAGCCAGUAUGCGGCAGCCGACGCCGUCCUGAUGUACCACCGGGACGUUUCCGGCAGCCCAUUGUUACUGCCUCAGGCCCCGCGGCCCCCUUCUCAGCUCUGGAUCUGGUUCAAUAUGGACCCUCCGAGCAGCUCCCGCAACCUGGCUUCCAUGGACGGUCUCUUCAACCUCACCAUGACCUACCGGAGGGACUCGGAUAUCUUCACGCCGUACGGGUGGCUCCGGGUCCUCAAGAACCCCCAAAGAUUCACCAUUCCCCCUAAGUCCAAGCUGGUGGCCUUGGUCUCUAGCAAAUGGCCCUUGGGGUCUCGCCAGGGAAAGUAUUACCAUCAACUCCAGAGGUACUUCCCGGUCGAUGUCUACAGACUGCCCCAGACGGGUCUGUCCUCCCGUGAGCUCCAGCUCACGUUGUCGCACUACAAGUUCUACCUGGCCUUCGAGAACUCCGUCCAUGAGGACUACAUCACCGAGAAGCUCUGGAAGAACGCCUUGCUGGCUGGGGCCGUCCCCGUGGUCUUGGGGCCACCGCGGGAGAACUACGAGCGUUACUUGCCCCCGGAGGCCUUUGUUCACGUCGACGACUUCCCGACGGUGCGAGAGCUGGCCCGGUUCUUAGGGAAGCUGGCCAGGGACCCCGUGCGAUACCAGCAUUAUUUCCAGUGGCGUACGUGGUUGGAGCCCGUCCUGGAAACUUCGUGGACCGCUCGCCUUUGCCGGGCCUGUCGGGUGCUGCGUGAAACGUCCGACACCUUUCGGGCCACGCCGAGGCUGAGCCAGUGGUUCAAGUGAGGACAGAAGCCCUCCCCACCCCCACCCCGUGGGAAGCGUGUUAGCUGCCUGGCUGGCGGGCAACCCGCUAUCCUGCAAUUCUCUGGCCCAUGUUUAGCACAAGACACAACGAAUGUCUUGGAGAAUUCGGUGAUGAAGAAAUUAUCAUUUUUAACCACCAGGCGGCACCAGACGGCCAUGGUUUCUUCCCC